AUAGUGAGAAGGGCAGGCAGCAGGAAUCAACUUGAAACCACUAGUGGUUUUACUCUUGCAGGAUGUGUGAGCUAGCCUCAUCUGCCAUUUUCCUACAUGGACAAGCUUCUCCGGUGGUUUAUCCUCUGGUUUGGAAGUCUAGUUGUUGUUGACUGGGUUGUAUUUGUUCGGUACAUCUCUCUGCCUGUGAAGGAUACGCCUCACAAUUUUCCUGCUGUUUCAGGAGGAAGUUGAUGACAGGAGAGCAGAACUCAUCUUUAAGACCUGAGGCAGGUAGAGGCAACAUUUCUGUUUAUCUGAAGGCCUGUCUGUAGAGAAACAUCUUCUGCUUCUGACUGAAUGCACUAGCACUAUCCUAGAAGAAAGGGAUGUUCUCCCCAAAACAAAGGGUCGAGAUCACGUACAGAGCCUCUACUGUGAACAUCAUGGCCAUAGUGCAGACCCUGCCUGUCUCCAUUGAGUCUGGCUGUGAAGGGGCUGCCCAGCUCCACGCUAGUACCUGCUCAUCUCCUGCAGCCAUGGGCAGCGUCAGCAGCCUAAUUUCGGGUCGGCCUUGCAACAAAGCCACAACUGAGUUUGGCCCUUUCCAUCUGCCUGGCGGUGCUGGUUCCCAAGAACCCCUGUGCCAUGGACUUCCAACCAAGAAAAGCAGCUACACUUACACUAGCGAAGAAGAUUGGGCUGAAGCUAUAUCUCCCAUCAGCCCCUGCAGUGAUGCAGAGGAGCUGCAAGAUGACAAGACCCGGGUUGGCACCAUCCGUGGACCACCGCCCAAGUUGGUGCCUGUCUCAGGGAAACUUGAGAAGGCCAUGGAGAAGACGCUUAUCCGCCCGACAGCCUUCAAGCCCGUCAUGCCCAAGAACCGCAAUUCCUCCCUACAGGGGCACUUGGCACUGCGUCCUGGUGCCUCGGUGCUCUCCGAGAGCCAAACUAGUCUUGCUCAGCUCUUUGGGGGCAACCCUGCAGGCAGCACUGAGAAACACAACUCCCUGAGCUGCAGAACGAGCUCUCACUCUGGAACGACGUCAGACUCUGGACGCAACUCCCUCUCAAGCCUACCCACAUACAGUACUGGUUGCAGCCAGCAGAUGGAGCCAGUCAACAUCUCCAUGGGCCACAUCAACCUCGACAGCCAUGGCAGCAGCAGUUCACGGGGCCUCACUGGGCCUUCAAACUCUGACAGCGGUCGGUCGUCUUCAAGCAAGAGCACAGGUUCCCUGAGCGGCCGCGGGCAUCAUUCCUCUGACAGUGGCUCCUGUGGUGGACGUUCUCCUGUGCAGAGUGGUGCUGAUGAAACCCUCCUUGUUCAUGAACUCGAGGAGAAGCUGCGGGAGCGUGAAGCUGAACUGCAGCAUCUGAGAGAGAGCUUGGAUGAGAAUGAAGUGGCCAUAUGCCAGGUGUACGAGGAGAAGCAGAGGCGCUGUGAAGAGGAGAUGGAAGAGCUGCGGCAGGGCUACACUGCCAAGCUGCAGCAGUCAGCACAGAAGGCCCAGCGCAGCCAGCAGGUGCUGCAGCUCCAAAUCUUCCAGCUGCAGCAGGAGAAGAAGAAACUGCAGGAAGACUUUGCACAGCUGCUGGCCGAGCGCGAGCUGCUGGAGAAACGCUGCGCCUCCUUUGAGCGAGAGCACACAGAGCUGGGGCCCCGCUUGGAAGAGACCAAGUGGGAGGUGUGCCAGAAGUCAGGCGAGAUCUCACUACUGAAACAGCAACUGAAGGAAUCCCAGGCAGAAGUGGCUCAGCGGGGCAAUGAGCUGGUUGUGCUAAGGGCCCAGCUGAGGGAAGCACGGGCCGAGCUGCAGGCUAGUGAAGAGCAGGCCCUGGGCUUGCAGGAGGUGGCCCGCACCAAGGCAUUGGAGCUUGAGGUGUGUGCCAACGAGUUGGCCAGGCGGAAGAGUGAGGCAGAGCUGCUGCGUGAGAAGGUGGGGCGGUUGGAACGUGAGUUGGAUGGACUGCGGAGUGCAGGCGGGGAACUCUGCCCCCUGCUGGCUGAGUGUGAUGAGGCAAAAGCCCAGCGGCAGGCAGCAGAUACCUUGCAGGGCUUGCGUGCCCAGGCUGAACGCCUGCGGGCAGAGCUGUUGUGUGAGCGCCGCCGUGGCGAGGAGCAACGGGAAGCUUUCCAUGCAGAGCGUAUCACUUGGCAGGGCGAAAAGGACAGAGUCAUCCGCUACCAGAAGCAGCUGCAGCACAAUUAUAUCCAGAUGUACCGGCACAAUCGUGACUUGGAAUGCCAACUGCGCCACCUCAGCCUCGAACUCGAGGCCCGGGACAUGGAUGAAUAUGAGAUGCAUGGGGGUGAAGGCAUCUGCUUUGAGGAGAUUGCCGCUACUGAGAUCUGAAUGUGACUGGUGGAGGCUUUAAUGAAUGGGCGACGUGGCCACAAAGAGAUGCAGGCUACUGAGACUGGAGCGUGCUUGCUAGGGACUCUGUUUGACUUUGGAAUGGAGUUUGCUUGGGACCAGCAGUGGAGGAAGCCACUUACUAUAGAGCAGAGUCAUGAAUCCCAGUGGGUAGCACCUGUUCCAUUAAUUACCUUGGCUGGGGACCCCGUAUCAAGAACCACCACCAGCUCAACAGAUUUCACUGCCAUCGAGAUUAGACAAGGGCCUGAAACUGAGCAGCAAUUUCCACCAAUACUUUCCAGUCCUGCCUUUGAGGAAGGAGGGGCCAACCUGUAACUAAGCCCUCCCUUUGGAAUGCUGUAGUAGCAGUAGCAGCUCCUCCACCACCACCCCUUUGGGAAGCGGCUCUUGAACGUUAGUGCUCUCUAGGUCCUAGUGCUGCUGAGCCUCCUGUGAAUGUGCUGGCUGUUGUGGAAAAAUAAGCACCACAAUUUGCUCCCCUUCUGUCGGCUGGAGAUGUGCUGAAGGCAGGGUAGCUGAGGGGAGCCUCUGGAAGCCCUUUUUUCCUCCACUAUCUUUAUGAAGUGACUUAAUUGGCCCUCAGCCACUGCUGGCUGGAAAUUAGGCUGAGUUGGCUACACUGAUAGCCAGUUAGCUGCUGAUCCACUUAGCUGAUGGGAGGGAAUUAACAUUACCUAUUUUAGGCUGGCUGGAGAAGCAUUUUACAGGAUGCGCUUUUGACAUUUGUCCCAGUUCUGGGUGAUGUGUACUAUAGCUUACGUAAAUCUUUUUAAAAAACAAAACACAGCACAAUCAAAAGUUUGCACCAAGAAAACUCCAGUUCUGUGCCAAGAAAAGCUGAAUUCUGUGACUGAUAAUAAGUUGUGCAAAUUAAACUUAAACACAUGUGUUUAAUUUGUUCUUCCAAUAGUCAUGAAGGGCAAGUUGCUUUUCAAGACCCUGAAGCCCUGCCCAAGCUGAUUUUUAUAGUCAUAAGGGCAGCAAUAAUAAGUAUAAUAAAUAGCAGUAAGACCCAGCAUUGAGUCUCAGGAUCCUGAAUUCCAGUCCCAAAUGUUGUGCUUUUUCAGUGCUUAAGAGUAUAAGAAGAGCCCUGCGGGAUCAGAUGAAAAGCCCAUCUAGGCCAGCCUUCUGUUUCAACACUGGCCCACUGGAUAUCUACCGGAAGUUCACGAGUGGGCCAUGAACACAAUAGCCUGCUCCUGCAGUUUACAUCCACUCCCCAGCUAGUAUUCAGGGGCACACUGCCUCUGAUAUAUGGAUAUCAAACCAUAAUGACUAUUAAUCAUUAUGUGGAAUUGCUGAAUACAUGCCAUUAUAGACUAAUCUCACACAAGGCAUUAUGGGAAGACAAUGUGUUAAGCCUUCUGUGAGCCUGAUCUCCCUACAUUGUAGAAGCAGGAAGCCAACCCUCCCAUGCCCUCCUAAGAAGACUAAAAGGCCAAAUUUGCUCAGGCAUCUGGGUUGGCUGCCUUGAAACAUUCUCAUGUGCCCUUACCUUAAGGGGACCUGGGCAGCCAAUAAGUGGCAGCUUAUUGAUAAUGUCUCUGCACACUUGGGGCACCUAGAUUCCUGCCCCACCCUCAUUUGCACAUUAUCAAAAUUAUUAUUAUUUUAGGACCUUCCCAAACAUUUGGAUUCAACUUCUGUACAGGGGGUUGCCUGGAGAUAUCUUGCCCUUCCUGCAGUGCCAGAGCCUGGCCAUUCUCUUGAGGCUGAUGAAUCAUGUACCAGGGCUCCGAGUUACUUGUCAGUCCCACCUCUGUCCCUCCCCUAGGGACUCCCUUGCUGCAUUGGGAUGUCCUCUCCCCCCCUCCCCCCAACUGCCUUUGCUGCUCUUGGUUGGAAACUGAGUUGAGAGUGCCUUUCCCUUGACCUUGCUGCCUGAGUCUCCCUUUCCCUCUGCCCACCACCUCCAGGAUGUGCUCUUCUGCCCACCUGCAUCCACACCCUACAGGGUUCAUAACCUGCUGUAGGGUCCAGCGACACUGAGUUUGGGUCUGCCUGCCUGCAGCACCAUCAGCACAAUACUCCUGUUGCUUUCCUUUCAGGCUCUGCUGACUGGGGAUGCUGGCUUCUAUUUCUCAUAAGUGAUGUGGGAAGGUCAGCCUUUGCCAGCCUGGUGUCCUCCAGCACACUGGCUGGGGCUGAUUGGCGUUAUAGUCCAGAACAUCUGGAGGACACCAGGCUGGCGAAGGCUAGGGUAGGCUGAUCAACUGUGUCCCUUGGCUGUUCCCAGAAGCCCCCAUGCUUCAAGUGCUUCUGUUCUUUUCCAUCUCAUGGCUCCUAGCCGAACCUGAUGUAGUUUGAAUCCUACCUUUUUUGAAUACCAGGUCCCUGCUUUCAGUCCAGUCUUCUCUUUUGAGUGCAUAGUACCAGUGGUGGCUGGUGCCUGUUGGGACUGGUGGGGCAGAAAUUAGGGAGACCAAUGGUAGGUGAAGCCAGGGCCAAUGACAGGGGGAUAAAACAAAUUAUUGUUUUGUCCCCAUCCUUCUCCCUGCUCCCAGCCUGGCAUGGUUGAACAAGCAGGUCUUGACAGAAAUAAGCUGUCGUUAAGCCAACACAGGAAGAACCAGAACGCAAAGCAAACAUGGUUUGGAUAUCUGCUGGCUCGCUUUCUUCCCUUGACCACCAGUAGUGUAGUGGCAAAUUCAGAAGUGCAGGGUCUUUUCAUGUUAGUCACAGCCAUGCCCCCUUUUGCUACUGGGUUGAGAAUGAGUUCCCUGUUAAUGCCUUCACCCACAACAGACGUCCCUAGGAGCCAAUAAGCACGAAAGGGGGAGUGUUGGCUACUGAGAAGAGCCUUCUCAGUGGUCGACUCACUUCCUUUCCCUCUGAUUAGUGCCAAUCAGCAAGAGAGGACAAGGAAGCAUGCUAGAAGACUCUUCUCAGUGGCUAACUCACUCGCCUUACAUUCUGAUUGGAAUGUAGGAUGCUAGAGACAUGGGGACCCUGCUCCCAAAAAAGUAAAGGGUCUAAGACUCCCUGAGACCCAAGACUACUACACCCCUGCCAACCACCCCAAGUUCUCCUGUGUACAACUAGUGCUUGAUGUGUCCAUCCUGUCAACCUGGUUAGAUUACAUUAGCCCAGUCCCUCUGGCUGUUCAACUGUAAAAACGGAAAACUUCUCCUUGAAUGGCUGUGACCAGGGUGCAGCCAAAGUCCAGCACAGUUCAGCACCCUGCUUCAGCCACUCUGGAAAUAGCAGUCCCAUUGCUAGGGUACGGACCACCUAAUAUCUACCAUCCUAGUUUAACCGUAGCACCAGGUUCUGUUCAUUUGCAUGCAAAAAAAGAGCACACAAGAUGUUGGGGAGGGUGCAUUCCAGCUCUAUAUGGAAUUUGGGUUGUUUGCAGGGGGAGUUUACAGCUACCACAUUCACUUAGGAGAUUUUUGUGCAUUCCGAGAGAACAAACAGUCUUCACCCCUUCCCACGCCUAGUCAUUCUUAUUUUACUGCCAAUAGCUGUGGGACCUCACGAGGUUAGCCAGUGAGUAGAUGGCGACCCACAUCACUAGACCAAAGGAAAAAGCUUGGUGCAUGUUAUUUCUGUGACUGUUGCUAGCCAGCCCAUCUUCCCUCCCUUCCUUUAGCACCACUUUGUGUUUUCUUUUUUUUAUAUUACUUUAUUUCUGAAAUUGUAUAUUUUCCAAGCUGUGUAAAUUUCUUGUACAAACCAAAACAAAAGUGUGAAUUAAAAAACAAGAUAAGA